CAGAACCGAGACACUCGCUCAAGCCGCGGCGGGAAGUUGGAAAGUCUUCGGUUCCGUUUCGAAGAUGCGGGACGACCGUGACGUCAUGAACCACCGCGCGGCGCGCGUCUUCUCCUCCGUCUUCUUGUCCGUCUUCUUGUCGCUCCUCGCCGGGUCGCGCGGGGCCGACGAGGACGUCCAAGUGGUGGUCUUCCUGCCCCGGAACGACUCCUACCUCUUCUCCUACGCGCGGGUGGCGCCGGCGGUGCUUUACGCGCAGGCGAGGCUACAGGCGGCGGGCGCGCCUUUCUCCGGCGUCCGCUUCGACGUCCGCUUCGACGACUCGGACUGCGCCAACGACGCCGUCUUCCGCCUGCUGGAGCGCGCCUGCGCCGCCCGGCCGGACUUAAUCCUGGGUCCGGUGUGCGAGUACGAGGCGGCGGCGGUGGUGCGGCUGGCGUCGCACUGGAACAUCCCGGUGAUCACGGCGGGCGCCCUGGCCGCCGCCUUCCGGGACAAGACGGGCGAGUUCUCGCACCUGACGCGCAUCGCUCCGUCCUACAGCAAGAUGGCCGAGGUCUUCCGCGCCAUCUUCACCAUGUUCUCCUGGACCAGCGCCCUGCUGGUCUACGAGGACGACAAGGUGGACCGGGACUGCUUCUUCACGGUGGAGGGCAUCUACCACCUCAUGGACGACGUCAGCGUCCAGACCUACUCGGUGGCCGGCCGAGACCACCUGGACCCGGAGGACGUCGUCCAGAACAUGUUGGACACCCAAGUCGUCAUCUUCUGCAUGGACGCCAACAACAUCAGAGAAAUAAUGCUAGCUGCUCACAGGAGACGUCUGACCAGCGGAACUCACAUGUUCUUUAACAUCGAACUCUUCAACGCCUCCUCUUACGGCAACGGUUCGUGGCAGCGAGGAGACAAGAUGGACGACGCCGCUCGACAAGCCUACGCAUAUUUGAACACGGUGACGCUGCUGAGGACGCUCAAGCCCGACUUUGAGAACUUCUCUGUGGAAAUGAAGAAGGCCAGCGAAGGACUCGGACUCAAACACUGCAGCGACUGUGCAACUGUACGCCUGGAAGAAAGAGAAGACAUAUGGACGCACUUCAAACAGGAAACCUUAUAA